GUAAUGACUUAACGAGUCAAUGAUCUUAUGAGCGUGGAUACGAAUUUGACAGAAAUUAUCAAAAAUUCCUAAUGUUUUUAUUGGGAUUUUAUAGAAAACUGUAGAACUCGACAGAGCAUUUGGCAAAAUAAGGUAAUGAAGUUACCUGUAAGACUACUUGGUUAUUUUAUCAUUCUUGGCACAUUUAAAUGCACACUCAGUAGUCCAGUGAGCAACAACGAAAGAAGUCAUGUGAUAAAAAAGAGAGACAGUGUUGAAGAUUAUUACUGGAACGAGCGCCUACCUCUUGGCUUCUUCGUCAACAAUGGUGGCGGUGAAGUUGGGAACUACAGCCCAUUACAUGGUCAGGCGACAGGGAGUGGCUAUGGUCACAGUUAUUAUAACGGAGCACCUUUCCAGAGAUCGGACAUACCAGAAAAACCUAAAAAUGCUGACCUGAAGACAACAGUCACGUGUGAAGGAGAAAAGGAAUGGAUAGAGUGCGACAAGUACAGACUCAUCAACAUCAAGUCGGUUUUCUGGGGAAGGGACGAUAGAAACACAUGCACCAACGAUGCAAUCGCACGCGGUCUAAAAACGGACGCCAUGUGUCCUCAAGAUGAGUCGAACACGAUGACGAAAGUGAGAAACCAAUGUCAAGAUGAAAACGCCUGUGAGAUAUCAGCAUCCACGAUAUUUUUCGAUAAAACAGACUGCCCAAGCGUUUAUAAGUACCUCAGACUAGAAUAUGAAUGUCAGCAUAGCGAGUCUAAGAUUAAAGAAUAAUUCAAAGAGUCAUGUUGUCUGAGUCAGAUCUUCAAAAAAUGUUGUACAGCGAAAGAUUGGACACGAUCAAAGGAAAAAACAUCGAGGAUCAACUCGCUGAACAAAAUAGAAUAAUUAAAUGUAAUGUAAAUAUUGUAUUUUUAUAAAGCAUUUAAUUAUACAAAUAAAAAUGAACCCUCAA